CUUCGCUCUCGUCGCUGUCAAUUUUUUGCAAUUUUGUACGACUAAAAAAUAAUAAUCAGUUUUUCAUACGCACUGGGAAGUGUCAGUCUCAUUUUAAAUACUUGAAUACACUUGAAAAUUGGCAGCACAGGAGUUGACAACGAAUCAACUGCAUUUGAAGUGAAUUGUUAUUGAAAUAAUUAGUACGCAGGCACACAAUUAAAACAGAAAAUGACCUCGCUGGAGCAAAAUCGUUUGCAAAACUUCAAAAACAAAGGAAAGGACCAGGAUGAAAUGCGACGCCGUCGCAAUGAAGUGACAGUUGAGUUGCGCAAAAACAAGCGUGAGGAAACAAUACUCAAACGUCGCAAUGUACCCAACUUGGAUUCGAACACAGAUGAGGAUGAGCAGUUGCCUAAUUCUAUAAAUCUCAAGAAGUUGGCGCACGCAGCCGCUGAUGCCUCAAAACCAGAGCAACAGUUGGCUGCCGUGCAGGCUGCACGCAAAUUGCUCUCAUCGGACAAGAAUCCACCCAUUAAUGAUUUGAUCAAUAGCGACAUAUUGCCCAUAUUGGUGGAAUGUCUAAAGCAACAUAAUCACACAAUGCUACAGUUUGAGGCCGCUUGGGCCCUGACUAAUAUUGCAUCGGGCACAUCAGACCAGACCAAUCAGGUGGUGGCCGCCGGUGCCGUACCGCUCUUCCUACAAUUACUCUCCUCACCUGCACCAAAUGUUUGCGAACAAGCCGUCUGGGCAUUGGGUAACAUUAUUGGCGACGGACCCGAGUUGCGCGAUUUUGUCAUCAAGCAUGGAGUUGUACAGCCGCUGCUGUCAUUCAUCAAACCAGACAUACCAAUAUCGUUCUUGCGCAAUGUAACCUGGGUGAUUGUAAAUUUGUGCCGCAACAAGGAUCCACCACCACCGGCAACAACAAUACACGAAAUCCUGCCCGCACUCAAUGUGCUGAUACAUCACACAGACACCAAUAUACUGGUUGAUACCGUUUGGGCCAUCAGCUAUUUAACAGACGGUGGUAACGAUCAAAUACAGAUGGUCAUUGAGAGUGGUGUGGUGCCCAAGCUAAUCCCACUGUUGGGAAACGCUGAGGUCAAAGUGCAGACAGCGGCCUUGCGCGCUGUGGGUAAUAUUGUAACCGGUUCGGACGAACAAACACAGGUGGUGCUCAAUUACGAGGCGUUGUCGUAUUUCCCGGCUCUGCUCUCACAUGCAAAGGAAAAGAUACGCAAGGAGGCUGUUUGGUUCCUCUCCAAUAUCACCGCUGGUAAUCAGUCACAGGUGCAGGCUGUCAUUAAUGUGGGUCUUCUGCCCAAAAUUAUCGAGAACCUCAGCAAGGGCGAAUUCCAGACACAAAAGGAGGCCGCAUGGGCAAUCAGUAAUUUAACCAUCAGCGGUAAUCGCGAUCAGGUCUUCACAUUGAUCAAGGAGGGCGUCAUUCCGCCAUUCUGCGAUCUGCUUUCGUGCCAGGACACACAAGUGAUCAACGUGGUACUUGAUGGUCUCAAUAACAUGCUCAAGAUGGCUGAUCCACAUGUUCAGGAAAUUGCCAACUUGAUUGAAGAAUGUGAAGGUCUUGAGAAAAUCGAACGUUUGCAGAGCCAUGAGAAUGUCGAAAUCUAUAAGCUGGCAUACGAAAUAAUCGAGCAAUACUUUACUGAUGAGACCGAGCAAGCUAACCUGGCACCGUCCUCUGAUGGCACACAAUACAAUUUUGAUUCAAAUUCUGACAAACUACCAAUGAACACAUUCAACUUUUAACGAUUUUGAAAGUUAAACAGACACCAAACCAAUAGCGCAGUUUUUUAUCAUGCCUAAAUUUUUGGCAUGUCAACACGAAACCAAACGCUUUGUUAGCGUCAACAUUACACAAGGAAUUUGUGUAUAAACAAAAACCACAAAAAAGGAAGAACUUUAAGAAAACAAAGUUAAAAAUAAUGAAAACACAUCGUGGACGAACAGUAAUCAAUAGCAUACAAUACAUAAACCGAAAUCCAUAAAUAUCAUAGUUUUCACAAAUCAAAUAGUAUGGCUCAUUUAAAGAGCUAGCCUGUAUCCAUCAUCAGCAACAACAACAACAAUAAUAUCAAUAAUAACUAUAAUAUUUAAACAGCUUAGUUCUAUGCAGCAACCAAAUUUUAACAAUAGCCAGAAUACAAAGCCACAACCAUUUUACAUUACUCACUUCAAUUCUGUGUUAAUUACGUUUAAAAUUGUAUCAAAAUUUAUUUUAACAUAAACGUUUUAGUAAGCGUAAUACAGUUGAAAUAUUGUUUCAAAUUGUUUCAAUUUA